ACACUUUAAGAUAUGGCCACUCGAGGAGAAAUGAAUUGUCAGCCAAGCAAGAUUUUAGAUAUUAAAGAUCUUAAUAAAGUCAUUAGUACGUUGGAAAGGAGUGAUUUUCCAGAGGGUAGAUGGAGUGACUUGGGGCUCAGGCUACAGAUUGAUCCACCAAAGCUUGAUACCGUUAGAGCUGAUAAUCCUCUUGAUGUGAAAGGAUGCCUUAGAGGAUGUUUAAAAAUCUGGCUCCACCAAAGUUAUGAUGUUGAUACUCAUGGUAAACCUUCACUGGAGAAAUUGGCAACUGCUUUAAAAGAGAUGGGAUUGAGAGCAGUGGCUGAUAAGAUUUUGGGAAACAUUGAAGCUAUUGAAUCAGAAGGAUGGUCUGGUUUGAGAAGGAGGAAUGAAAAGACUAUAAUUCUAGCUACCAUUGAAUCCAAUGUUUAUGAAGAAUUUCACCAAUUAGAAUCUACAUUUGCAACCCUUGUUGCUAAAAUCCGUGCAUAUCUAGCAGAAAAAAUUAAGCAUCAAAAGCUGGAAACCAUUGAUGUUGCAAGAUUCAUAGAAGAAAAGCGAAAGCUUAGUGGUCUCACAAAUGAAGUGUCCAUUGACAGAUUAUUCAAUCGCAUUCUGGAUCAUUAUUCUUACCUUAAUUGCUCAUUGAUAGAAGCUAUUGUUCAGGAAUGUUUUGAGAAAUCAUCAUGUAUGGAGUAUAUUACUUAUUGGUUACCAUUUGUGCCUCACUCUGGUACAUUUUUACGAAGAGAAAUGAAAGCAUACGUCAAAAAGAUGAGUCAUUUUAAGGAUUCAAAACGUCUCAAAGACCUACAAUUUGCUAUUGGAAAUGCAUACAUGCAAAAUUUUAUUCCCUCUGAUACAGCUUGUAAAGUAGUCAUCAAGCUAAAUGGAGGAUGGGAUGAGAAGACGAUAAGUGAUUUGGAGUUUUUACUAAGGCAUUACUUUAACCAAAGUGACAUUUUUAAUCACAUUCAAAUCACACAUGGGUCAGUAUGUAUCAGUUAUCUGGUACCAUGUUCUGCCAUUGCUCACAUCACCACUGCUGUCAAGUCAAAGUCUGAAUCAAUGCAUCGAGUUGGUGUAUUUUAUUUUUCAAUAAAUGACGACAUGAUUCUUCUUGAUGAAAAAGAUGAUUUUAACUUUGAUAAGUCAUUAGUUGAAGCAGUGAAGUUAUGUGAGGUCUAUGAAGUGUCACUGUUGCUGUCAUUGGGAGCUGAUCCAUACUAUGAAAAUGAUAAUGGAGACAAAGUACUGGAGUUAGCAUUACAGGGAAGGAAUGAAGAAAUAAUCAAAUUAAUAUCAGUAGCUGCAGAUACACAAGUUAUAGAAUUAGAAAGCCAAGAAGAGUUAACUGAUGAAGAAGAUAAAGAAUUUGGAAACGAUGGUGAAAAUGAAACAUUAAAAGUGGAGAUUCAGAGACUACAUGAAGAAGAAAAGGAGAGGGAGAGAGCUGGUGAUAUUGUAAGCGACAGAUUAGGUGAGGGUGAAAGUGAAAGUGUUGACGCUGUACAUGACUAUGUAAACAUGAGCCAGUUUCAUACAGAGAAAGCCGAACAACAAAAUGAACAAGCAACAAAAACAACAACAACAACACCAGUACCUGAUGACGUGAAAUUAAAGGAAUUACCUUUAGCAGCAUCACCAGUGCCACAGUCUCCUAGCACUAAUACCAGUGCAGGCUAUCAUGAGUUCAUUCGCAUUAACAAUCCAGGAAUAACUGGAGGUAAAUUACGCAGUCAUACUGUGCACACUAGCAUGAUGGGAGGACUCAGCUCCAUUGGUGAAGAAGGAGGACAGAUGAGUCCACAAAGGCCAUACAUGGGAAGCUGCAGUCAUCUUGACAGUGGUUACAGCCACAGCAAGACUGCUCCUAGAAUGUAUGGGUAUAGAGAGCCAGCUACCACCACGUUAAUGAUGAGAGCUAGUGAGGAGCAGCAACAGUAUAGGCAAGCUGUUACACCUACCAGCAUAAUGAGAGGGCAUGCUGCUACUCUACCACACUCUGCUAGAGUCACUUUCUCUCCUACUCUUUCUCCAGUGACUGCAGAGCAGCUCAACCAGCAAAAAUUAAACACUUCAUUACUCUAUAACUUCACAAGAUGCAGAGAAGAGUUUGCCACCACUUCACUUCACAAUAUUAGUUCUAGUUCUAAGGAGGUUCAAUAA